AUGGCGUCGGUCCCGGUGGACCUAGCGUCCCAGCAGACGAACCUUAUCAAGACUCCCUAUGUCGCACAAGACCCCCAAGAGGUCGCCAGUCUGGUUCAGCAACUUGAGGAGGGCAGCCGGAAAGGCAGCAAGCGCAAGGGGUUUUCUUGCAGGAAGUCUAGCUUCGCCGUCAAAGACUCGCCGGACGGCAUCCAUGUCGACUCGUGGAAGUUCAUGGACUUUGAAUACAAGAAGAGGGAUCUUCCCACCUAUGCACGCGGUCUCUUCACCACCAGGAAUCGGCGGAACGAGCCGGAGAUUGCUGUCCGGGGCUACGACAAGUUCUUCAACGUCAACGAGGUCAACGAAACCAAAUGGGACAACGUCCUGUCGCGGACCCAAGGUCCCUACGAACUCAGCCUCAAAGAGAACGGGUGCAUCAUCUUCAUCUCCGGCUUGGAAGACGGCACGCUCCUCGUUUGCAGCAAGCAUUCCACCGGAGAACGCGCCGAUUCCGACGUCAGCCAUGCCAUCGCUGGCGAGAAGGCCGUAGAGAGACAGCUCGCUCCGCUGGGCAAGACCAAGGAAGAUCUGGCUCGUGAGCUGCGGAAGAGGAACGCCACAGCCGUGGCCGAACUCUGUGACGACUCCUUCGAGGAGCACAUCCUUCCCUACGGUCCGGAGGUGGCCGGCCUGUAUUUGCACGGCAUCAACCUCAACAUCCCUCAGUUUACCACCUAUCCCAGCACCCUUGUGCAGGAUUUCGCCAGCGAAUGGGGAUUCAAGCAGGUCGGUGUUAUCAUCAUGGACGAUAUCACCAAGGUCAAGGCCUUCCUGGAGGAGGUGGCUGAGACUGGCGCCCAUUCUGGCCGUGACGUCGAGGGCUUCGUGAUCCGGUGUCGCGAGUCGCACAACCCCGAGUUGGUCCCCUACCGGGACUGGUUCUUCAAGUACAAGUUCGAUGAGCCCUACCUCAUGUACCGGCAGUGGCGCGAGUGUACCAAGGCUAUGAUUUCCGGAAAGCCUCCCAAGUACAAGAAGCACGUCAAGAUCACCGAGGAGUACCUGCUCUACGCCCGGAGGCGAUUGCAGGCCGACAAGAGUCUCGCCAAGGAGUACCAAAAUAACCACGGCAUCAUCAAGUUACGGAACGACUUCCUCGCCUUUAAGAACAUGAAGGGCUCCGACGCGGCCAACCUCGAGCACCAGGCACCUGCCGCCAGCGGGGAGGCGAAUGCUGAUGUGACCCGAGAUGUCAUCCUUGUCCCCAUCGCGACGAUUGGUUGCGGCAAGACUACCAUCGCCGUGGCUCUGUCCCACCUCUUCCUCUGGGGCCACGUCCAGAACGACAACAUCACUGGCAAGGGUCGGCCACCUCGGUUCACCAAACAGGUGGUAAGUCUCCUCAAGGACCAUCCUGCAGUCGUAGCGGAUCGGAACAACGCCCAGAAGCACGAGCGCAGACAACUCCUCACAGACGUCAAGCUUCAGCAUAAGGAUGCGCGUCUCGUGGCCCUCUACUUCGAUCACGACAGCGUCGGCCUGGACGAGAUCCGUCGCGUCACCCAAGAGCGGGUGCUUGCCCGUGGCGACAACCACCAGACCAUCCAUGCCGCCACCGACAAGGAAAAGUUUAUCGGUGUUAUGGAGGGCUUCCUCGACCGGUUUGAGCCUCUGUCGCCGUUCUCUCCUCCCGACGAUGGCUUUGACGCCGUCAUCACCCUCAAUCCAACCGCGAGCAGCCGGGCCAACCUCGAAAAGGUCGUGACCGAGUUGCACCGCAUCUACCCGAAUCUUGUGCCGGCCGACGUCCCUCCGGAGAGACUAGACGCCGCCAUCAAGGUCGCAUUUGAAGAGUACAAACCCGAAAUCACCCACACCAUCCCAGACCGGGGCCCCCGCAAACAACAAAAGGGCAACGGACAGUCGCAGGGCCCGAAGAAGAAGAAGCCCCUCGAGUACAUGUCCGUCGGCGUACCGGAGAAUGAGCUUCGAUCCCUUCUCGACAAAGCCUUUGACGCGGCAGGUAUGCCGACGGCUCGGUUCUACAAGCAGCUCUGCCAGACCAGAAGAGUCCAGCCCAAGUUCCACGUCACCUUGAUGCAUCGCGUCUCGGCCAAAGAUCACCCUGAACUUUGGGAGAAGUACUUGAAGAUGCACGCAGACCUUGAGGCCGCCAAUCCUGAUGCCGCGGAGCUUCCCCCGCUCGGGACCUGCGGUGUCGAGCUUGAGAGGGUUGUUUUCGACGGUCGUGUCAUGGCCAUCGUGGUUAGGCUCCACGAUCCCAACUGGGUCUGUGUGAAUACCGUUGCACACAUCACCAUCGGGACGAGAGAAGACAGCAUCAAGCCCAAGGAGAGCAACGACCUGCUCGUGCGAUGGCUGAAUAAUGGGAUAGGUGGCGAUAUUCAGGAAGUGGUUCUUAACAAGGAGACGCUGGAGGGCACAGUCCGCGGUGUUUUGUCCAGAUAG